ACAGAUUCCGCUUCGGAAAUGUUCUCUCUAUUUUCUCUUUCGAAGACGUAAUAUUCUUCUUUCAUAUCGAGACGUUGAUUUGUAACAAUAUCGCGAGGACGAGUGCGAGCUUGUAAGGGAAUUGGCCGUUUAAAUCCCUCGAAUUCAAAUGUGCACCUGUAAAGUAGGCAACACGGCACGUCUGCCUCACAAUUCGGUGGUUGGUCAGAAGGUUUGAUUUCCGGGUCCCCCCCCCACAUAACCACAAACAUGUAUGUUCGGGUCAUGGAAUACUAUGACAGUCCAUAACGUGUACAUCUUCGACCGAAAUGGAAAGUGCCUUCAUUACAAUGAGUGGAACCGUAAGAAACAAGCCGGCAUCUCAAAGGAGGAGGAGUAUAAGCUGAUGUACGGCAUGCUUUUCUCCAUCCGCUCCUUCGUCAGUAAGAUGUCGCCUCUGGACUCGAAGGAGGGCUUCCAGUCUUUUCAGACCAGCCGCUAUCGUCUUCACUACUUCGAGACCCCCAGUGGACUCAAGUUUGUCAUGAACACCGAUCUGUCCGUGAGCAACGCCCGGGACGCGCUGCAGCACAUCUACAGCAAUCUGUACGUGGAGAAUAUCGUCAAGAACCCGACGUGCGUCUUGGGUAACACUUUGGACAGCGAUCUUUUCAGCACACGACUGGAUGCUUUCGUCAGAGCGCUGCCGUAUUACAACCCCCGCGUCACUUGACGCAUUUUCAUAUGAAGGGUUCCAAUGGAGGUGGCUGGAUGUUUGAGGGAAACAUUAAAGUGGGUUGACACUUAUAUAAGCUUUGAGUCUUUUAUUUAAAAAUAAAAAACACAAAACAGUU